GGAUGUGAGGUGCAAAAGGCUGAUCCAUGUUAUUGUGCGGUGUUUUUCGUGAUGUUGUAGUACAAUAAUUUGUUUCAAUUUUCUUAAAAAAGCUUCAUUCUUUUUACGUUUAAUGAAAAGUUUAUAAAAUUUUGCUGGUUUCCCGAAGCGGAAUGCAAUAAGAUUUACAAGAUGGAGGGCAGUGACGAUGAACAGAGUAGAGAGCCGCAGUCGCUGCUCACGAGUUUCCUCUUCGGAAAUGUCAACGAGCAGGGUCUGUUGGAGGAUGACGUUCUGGACGCCGACUCCCAGAGGCAAAUUUCGUCCCUCGGCAAGCUAGGCUUGCAGACUUUCUUGCAGGAAAUUUGCGGCGAGGCUAUUCCCAAGCGCAAAAAAAUUGAUUCGAGGCGGUCUACAGAGACAGACACAUCUGAUGCAGAUGACGAUGAAAAAGAGGAAGACAAAGUGGAGCAAGAAAAGGCUGAAAGUUCGGCUGACGAUGUUGAUUAUACUGAAAAAACCGAAACUGCUGUUGAUUACUCUGAUAUCAAUGAGUUGGCCGAAGACGUGUCUGAAGUCCAGGAAGUCAAGCCCAGUGAAGAAAGCAAGACGAAUGUUAAAGAAGCAACUCUGAUGCCGCCUCCACCACCUGUGACAGAAGCAGUUCCGAAAACAACAACAGGAAAAGAGGAACCUCCUGUACAGGUGACUACUCCCUCGGACAAUGCAGCUUCAGUAUUUGACCUUAAUAUUUCUAAGAAGGCCCCUCUUGCUGGGAUGUUGCCUUCUCGAUAUGAGGGAAUUGACGUCAAAACUCUCUUUCCAGACUUCAGAGUGGAUAAAGUUCUUCGAUUUUCUAGAAUUUUUGGACCUGGCAAGGCAAGCAGUUUGCCACAAAUUUGGAGAACUGCAAAGAAGCUCUCAAAGCAAAAGAAAAAGAAGCGCAAGGAUGGCGUGUCUGAUUCUGAUAGUGAAACUGAGACAAAAACCAAGUCCAGUGAUUACAGGUGGACUUUCAAUUACGGAAGUCCACCACCUGCUGCUGGUUGUUGCUCCGAUGAUGAGGAUAAGCUGAUGAAACCAUUAGCAGCUGCUCCUGAGCAGACUUCGAAAGGAGAGGCACACAACGAAUUUGAGAAUGGGCCAAAAGUUGCUGACUGGAGAUUCGGGCCAGCUCAAAUUUGGUAUGACAUGCUAGAUGUGUCAGAAACUGGAGAUGGUUUUAACUACGGCUUCCGUCUACAGGAAAAAAAGGUCAAAGAGGAAGAAAAGGGAAGAGAAAAGGAGGCAGAAAAUCCGGAAGAGGAGGAAGUUCCAGAGGAUGCUUUUUUGAUGGUCUCUCAACUGCACUGGGAAGACGAUGUUGUGUGGAAUGGGGAUGACAUCAAGCACAAAGUGAUAGCCAAACUCAACAGCAAAACCAAUGCUGCCGGCUGGGUGCCCACGAGUGGAAACAGAACUGCACAAGCAUUCAGCCAGCCUGGUAAAGGAGUGCCUCAGUUUGUUGCCGGAGCUCUUCCAUCAUCUCAAAGGGUUCCAACACCUGCCACUCCCAGCCAGCAGGUCAAAAACCCAAAGUUACAAGGUUUAAAGUCCACUCCAACUCAAAGACCUCAAGAGACCGAUGACACAUGGUAUUCAAUUUUCCCCGUGGAAAAUGAAGAACUGGUUUACGGAAAUUGGGAGGAUGAAGUCAUCUGGGACUCUGAAUCUAUGCCAAUUAUUCCCAAACCAAAGAUCCUUACUUUGGACCCUAACGAUGAAAACAUUGUCCUGGGAAUCCCGGAGGAUGUUGAUCCUUCAAAAAUUCCUGAUCGUAUGGCAGCUCCUGUCAAGGUGAAAAUCCCACACCCCCAUGUUAAGAAGUCGAAACUGCUCCUUGGCAAAGCAGGAGUCAUAAACGUCCUUGAGCAAGACGAUACUCCACCACCGCCUCCAAAAUCGUUAACUGACAUGGAUCCCUUCAACAUUUCUAAUGACAAGUUCUACCAAGCUCGUUAUUCCGAGUCGACCCUCCGACUUGGUGGUGCUGGUGGAAAUCUCAUUCAGCACUCUACACCUGUAGUUGAGCUCAGAGCGCCGUUUAUUCCAACCCACAUGGGGCCUCUAAAGCUGAGAAACUUCCAUCGACCACCUUUAAGAAAAUUUUCUCACGGUCCUCUUGCUAAUCCUGGCCCUCACUCUAUUUAUCCUCUGCUAAAAACAAUCAAAAAGAAAGCAAAGCAAAGAGAGCAAGAAAGAAUAGCCUCUGGUGGAGGUGACGUCUUCUUCAUGAGAGCGGCCGAAGAUCUCACAGGGCGCGAUGGAGACAUCGUCCUAAUGGAAUUUUGUGAAGAGCACCCUCCUCUUAUGAACCAAGUUGGAAUGUGCUCGAAGGUCAAGAAUUACUACAAGCGCAAAGCUGGAAAGGACAACGGACCCCAGCAGUUCAGAUUUGGUGAAGUUUCUUACGCGCACACGUCACCUUUCUUGGGCACCCUUCCUCCUGGCCACUCAAUCCAAGCAGUUGAGAACCUCAUGUACCGAGCGCCAAUCUAUGAACAUAACCUGCCAGAAAGCGAUUUCCUGGUAAUCAGGACUAGGAAUCAGUUCUACAUCAGAGAAGUUGAGGCUUUAUUCUUGGCUGGUCAGGAGUGUCCACUGUAUGAAGUGUUCGGACCAAACUCAAAACGCGCCAACAACUUUGUUCGAGACUUUCUCCAGGUUUUCAUAUACCGACUAUUCUGGCAAAGCAAAGACUCCCCUAGAAGAAUAAAAAUGGACGACAUCAAACGAGCUUUUCCGACUCAUUCUGAAAGCAGCAUUCGUAAACGGCUGAAGCAGUGUGCUGAUUUCAAGCGUACAGGCAUGGACUCCAACUGGUGGGUCAUAAAGCCUGACUUUAGAUUGCCUACUGAGGAGGAAAUAAGAGCCAUGGUCUCUCCUGAACAGUGUUGCGCUUACCUUAGUAUGAUCGCUGCCGAGCAAAGGCUGAAGGAUGCUGGUUAUGGUGAGAAAUUCUUGCUCACUCCCCAAGAGGAUGAAAAUGAUGAAGAGAUGCAGUUGAAAAUGGAUGACGAAAUUAAGGUUGCCCCUUGGAAUACAACAAGGGCCUAUGUGCAGGCCAUGAAAAACAAAUGUCUACUUCAACUCACAGGACCAGCAGAUCCCACCGGUUGUGGUGAAGGCUUCAGCUAUGUUCGAGUUCCAAAUAAGCCAACACAACAAAGUAAAGAGGAGCAGGAAGCGCAGCCAAAACGAACUGUGACAGGAACAGACGCUGAUUUGAGAAGGCUUUCUCUUAACAAUGCUAAGGAGUUACUUCGCAAAUUCCAAGUGCCAGAAGAAGAGAUAAAAAAAUUGUCACGCUGGGAAGUCAUUGACGUUGUUCGAACAUUGUCUACUGAGAAAGCAAAGGCUGGAGAGGAAGGAAUGGAUAAGUUCUCAAGAGGAAAUCGUUUCUCAAUAGCUGAACAUCAAGAAAGGUACAAGGAAGAGUGUCAGCGCAUAUUUGAGUUGCAAAACCGAGUGCUAUCUUCGAAUGAGGUCCUCUCGACUGAUGAGGGUGAAAGUUCUGAAGAAGAUAAUUCUGACAUUGAGGAGUUGGGCAAGAACUUGGAAACUAUGCUUGCCAACAAAAAGACCAGCACCCAGCUUUCACUAGAAAAAGAGGAGCAGGAGAGACAGGAGCUGAGAAAAAUGCUCAUGGGAGGAGACUCGACUGAAAAUCAAGAUUCAAAAGAUGGCAAGAAGAAGGACUCAAGCAUGCGCAAGGACAACAGCACAGUGGGCGAGGAUGACCAGAGUAUGCAAAUGUACGCAUCUCAGCCUGGUCGAGUACUGAAAAUCUACCGCACCUUCAAAAAUGCGGAGGGGAAGGAGUUCACAAGAGUUGAGAUUGUACGGAAGGCUGCUGUGGUUGACGCCUACGCCAAAAUACGGACCAGCAAGGAUGAUGCGUUCAUAAGGCAGUUUGCAACUAUGGACGAACAGCAAAAGGAGGAAAUGAAAAGAGAGAAGAGAAGGAUACAGGAGCAGUUGAGGAGGAUAAAGAGGAACCAGGAGAGGGAAAAUGUUGCCACAGCUGCACCUCCGCCAACUCCGAAGAGGAAAAAGCCAAAAUUGAAGCCAGACCUCAAACUAAAGUGCGGUGCCUGCGGACAAGUCGGACACAUGAGGACCAACAAAGCCUGUCCUCUGUAUCAAAAUGCUGGACCAGCGCCUCCUAUGAAUGUUGCCAUGACUGAGGAGCAAGAGGAAGAAAUUGAGAAGCAGAUCAAUGAGGCUGACGAUGAAGAUCUCGUUAAUGUGGAGGGAACAAAGGUCACUCUGUCUGGAAAACUGUUUAAGCAUGUCGAAGAAAUUAAGAGGCAGACUUUGCGCUUGCGAGUGCCCAAGGAUGCUGUCAACAGGAAGAGAAGACGGGCAGGCACAGUCAUACACUGUGAUUAUCUCAAGAAGAUGCAGAAACCAGCCAACAGGAGAAGAAUUGACCCUGUGAUAACACUUUCCACCCUUUUGGAGGUGAUUCUGAAUGAAAUGCGAGACCUACCCGACGUUCAGCCCUUCUUGUUCCCCGUCAAUGGAAAAGUUGUUCCCGACUAUUACACCAUAAUACAGAGACCUAUGGAUCUGCAGACAAUCAGGGAAAAUCUCAGAGCCAAGAAGUAUCAAAACAGGGAAGACUUCUUGACCGAUGUGAAUCAAAUUGUUGAAAAUUCCACUCUUUACAAUGGUGCAAAAAGUGCGCUAACUUUAGCUGCUACAAGAAUGAUGGAAAUCUGCGUCCAACGAUUGACUGAUAAGGAGGACAAGUUCAUGAGGCUUGAGAAAGCAAUCAACCCAUUGCUUGAUGACAAUGACCAGGUGGCAUUCACAUUUAUAUUGGACAACGUUGUCAACAACAAACUCAAGGCUAUGUCAGAGUCUUGGCCUUUCCAAAAACCUGUAAAUAAGAAGCUUGUUAAGGACUAUUAUGAAAUUAUAAAGUGCCCUAUGGAUUUGGAGACGGUUGCAAAAAAAGUCAAAUCACACAAGUAUCACAACUGCAAGGAAUUCCUGUCGGACAUUGAGCUUAUUUACAAUAACUGUGUCCUGUACAAUGGUGUUGAUUCGCCUUUCACCAUGAAAGCAGAAGUUUUACUAGGCACGAGCACCUCUCUUCUUGCUGAUUAUGGAGAUCACCUCACUUACUUGGAAGGAAGAAUCAAGAUUGCACAAGAGAGAGCUCUUGAGCAAGCUGAGAUGGAUUCGCUUGCCUCUUAUGGUGACAAUGAUGACAAUUUCACAAUUGUCGAGGAUGAUAAGAACCCUGAUGAUGAAUCCCUUCAACAACAAGAGGGGGUACUCUAUAUUGGGAUUGAUGGCAAUCUGGAACAAACGGCGGGACCUAGUAGUUAUGGCAAAAAUAUUCUCGAAGAAGAUCUUGGAGAGUUGUCAAGUGAGGAAGAAGGUGAAGAGGUUGAGGCUACGUUGGUUGAGGGCGCUGAUGAUCAGCAGGCUGCCGAAGCCAUGGUACAACUUGGUAACUUUGGAUUUUUCCCCAAUCCUCAGCAAGACGAGAGUCUUGAUGUUGAUCCUGAAUAUGAUCCCUCCGAUUUCUUGCUGAGUCGACCAAAGCCAACUUACAUCCCAGAGGCAGUCGAGGAAGACGCUUCUGCUGAUAAUGCAUCUGUCAGCAUGAUGCACAACUUCCAGCCGAAUAACAUGGAGCAAGUGGAAGAGCCAAUGGAUCAGAGCGGUAAUAACCAAGAGGCUGGAGGCGGCAUCGACGCAGACUUGGAAAUCAGUGACUCGGAAGACGAGCAACCUUCAAACGUAAAUCAGGGAGAAGAUGGGGAUAUUUGGUUCUAAAAUUUUGUUAAAUAUGUGUUAGCUUUAAAUAUUUUUCCAUCGUUUAGCCUAGUCUUUAUUGUAUAUUUUUUUCAGGCUUACAAAAUUAAAAUUCAAGUUUUGCUAUGAAAAAAUGAUUUUAUUCAUAC